ACAGUCCUCGGCCCUCGGCCUCCUCUGCUUUGCUCAACUUAGCUCAGUUCAAUCGGCGAUUCGUGAUAUCUUGGGCAUUUCGAUCAAGUCGAUCAAAUGGAAGUCGAAUUUCGAUCAAAUGGAAGUCAUGCAGAUGUUUUUGUUCCUAUAUAAAUUCGUGAAAAGAAAAGGUUCGUGUGUUUUACCCUGCGUGUUUUUAUGGCUAGUGAUUUGUGUCUUACCUGCUACCUGCGACCUCGACAACUGUAAUGACAAUGGCAGAUCUGUCAAUGGCAGUUGUAUUUGUCAUGAAGGAUGGCAAGGAUCGGGAUGUCAAUACUGCGGAGGCAAAGUCAGAUUGAGUGAUCCAUCGGGUAGUAUUCAAGACGGAAUUGGAAAUUACACGACUGAUGUAAAGUGUUCUUGGCUGAUCGAAAGUAAUCCGAAUUCCACGAUACGAAUGCACAUCGAGGAAUUUGCGACAGAAUGUGGCUGGGACCACUUAUACAUCUUCGACGGGGACAGCGUGGAAGCGCCAUUGCUGGGAGUCUUCACCGGACUGAUGCACAAGGAUGGCUACCACAUCCGGCGAGUACCGGAAGUGAUCGCUCGCUCCGGAAAUGCUCUUCUCCACUUCUAUUCGGACGUCGCCUAUAACAUGAGCGGCUUCAACAUUACCUACAAGAUCAAUGCCUGUCCCAGCAGGUAUUCGCAUGCAGACUGUUCGGGACACGGAGUUUGCAUAGAAGGGGUGUGUACGUGUGACGCCACGUGGACUGGGGAAGCCUGUGACGAACAAGUCUGUCCCAACAAUUGUUCGUCGCACCACGGUCAGGGCGAAUGCAAUCGAGAGAAGCACCACUGUGAAUGCGCUCGUGGAUUUAAAGGUUCAGACUGCAGUCAGAGAAGCGAGCGUGGUUUCUGGGAAUCUGUCACGUACAAAGACUUUUCCCCUGAAGGCUCGGCCAGUCACUGCACGAUAGUUUGGAGGGAUUCACUCUACGUGGUGGGUGGUGAAAGUUUCCACCGGGCGAAGAUGAUCUACGUUUACGAUUUGAACGGAAAUGUUUGGGAAACGCCUCACGUCGAGGGAAAACUUCCUCUGCCCCGUUACGGCCAUUCCUGCGUCCUCUUCGGGGACAAAAUCUACAUGUAUGGUGGAGUCAUUCUCAAUUCAACAGUCACCAACGAGUUGUGGGCUUUUGACGUCUCUGCCAAGGUUUGGGAGAACGUCACUGUCCGCGACGACUGCACCAACCGUUCUAUGUGUGGACCUCUCAAGGUGGCAGGACACACGGCGAAUCUCGUUCACGGGAAAAAAGAGAAAAUGGUGAUUAUUUUUGGCCAUUCGCCGCAGUACGGUUAUUUAAAUACCGUUCAGGAAUACCAUUUCGGUACUCGUGAUUGGCAAAUCGUAGAAACUUCCGGGUUUCCCGUGAAAGGGGGUUAUGGACACAGUGCUGCUCAUGAUCCUCUCACUAAUCUGAUCUACGUCUACGGAGGCUGCGUUUCCGAAUCGCAGCACUCGCAAACCCUCACGAAUAGACUGUACUCGUACAAUUAUCACAGACAGGAGUGGAGACUCCUGACUUCCGCCCCUUCCGCUCGAUUCUUCCACACCGGGGUUUUCGUCACCGGUGGCAUGAUGAUCGUCUUCGGCGGCAAUACGCACAACGACACGCUCCACUCGCAUGGCGCCAGAUGCUACUCAGCUGACACCAUCGCCUACGAUGCUGUCUGCGACUCCUGGCAUCAGUUUCCCAUGAAGUGGCAGGGAUUUCCGGACAAGUGGGAAGACCUGCCGAGGGAGAUGGUCAACCUUCCCAGAUAUGGCCACAGCUCCACUGUUUUUGAAAAGUCUGUGUAUAUCUACGGUGGAUUUGAUGGACAGAUGCUCUCUGAUAUGCUCAGAUAUACUCCUGGAACGUGCGAGCACCUGACUUAUCAGAACUGUCUGAAUGCACGCGUCGGUGUCAAGUGCGUCUGGGACAGAAAGGACAACAAGUGUAUACCAAUCACGAAAAUUGACAGACGUCGUGACGAGACCUACAUGAAGUGUUUCGAUGAAACACCACCGCGUGGAAUGACCUCGCUCAAGGAACUCUGCCGACUUCUCACGGACUGUUCCGCCUGUGUUCAAACAUCCUACAACUGUGUCUGGUGUGGCAAAGUCUGCUCGCAUGAAAUUUGCCACAUGAGAAUACCACCUGGACGUGCUGUCGUCACUGAAUUGGAUCAGUGCGAGGCACACACCGGAAUCGAGUGUCUGCAACUCCACACUUGUCAUGCCUGCUCGAACAAUCCUCAUUGCACUUGGUCCUGGUCCAAUGGACCCGAUCGCUGCAAACCUAUCGCCAAAAAUAGAGAACUAAUCGCCAUCAAUGUGACUCAGCCGCAACGACUGACAAUGGACACGUGUCGAAGUCCCUGUGUGGAGUACACAUCGUGUAGAAAUUGUACAGAGUCGGAGUGCAUUUGGUGUCAGAAUGAGGGAAAGUGUGUGGAUCGAAACGCGUAUCCAGCGAGUUUUCCGUACGGACAGUGUCGCGAGUGGACGACCCUCGAGACACGAUGUCGCGCGACGGAAACGGGAAAGGAGUGGUGCAGUUUUUACUCAUCCUGUUCGAACUGCAUUUCCGAUCCAGGUUGUGGCUGGUGUGAUGAUGGAUCGGGAACUGGAAGAGGCCAGUGCAUCAGGGGCGGAGCUAGACACUGGAGUUCCAAAAUUGACACUUGCGUCAACGAGAGGUGGUACUUUACCGAAUGUCCCACUUGCCAAUGCAAUGGCCAUAGUACGUGUCUUCCAAACAGCAGCGUUUGCAUCCAACCUUGUGCGAAUUUAACAUAUGGGCCCCACUGUGAUAAAUGUAUACCUGGAUACUACGGAAGUCCUGUGAAUGGGGCAACUUGUCAACCUUGUUCGUGCAAUGAUCAGGCGACCCAGUGCACCAGUGAAACUGGAAAAUGUUUCUGCACAACGAAAGGCAUCACUGGCGAUCACUGUGAACGCUGCGAUGUGAGUGGUCUCUACCAUGGAGAUCCUACGAACAAAGGAUCUUGUUUUUAUGAUCUGGCUAUCGACUACCAGUUCACAUUUAAUCUUAGCAAAAAAGAGGACCGUCAUUACACAGCGAUUAACUUUAAGAAUUCGCCGCCUAAGCCUGACGUGGAUGCAGAAUUCACGAUCACCUGUUCUGUGCUCGCCAAAAUGAACAUCACCAUUAAAAGAGUGAACAGUCCUGAGAAGCCGCUACUUCAGGGCGCGAAUUGCACCACGUACAAGCAUCGGUUUAGCAAAGCCGACUACAAUUUCGGAAGCGAGGACAACAACACUCUCACGACCUUCUACGUUUACGUCUACGACUUCCAGCCACCUUUGUGGAUUCAAAUAUCCUUCUCUCAGUAUUCCAAACUCAAUCUUCAACAGUUUUUCAUCACUUUUUCCACAGACUACAUGACUCCGCACAGGUGCUUCUUCGCUCUCCUGAUGGUGGCUGCAUUCCUCUGGAAGAUUAAGCAGAAAUACGACUUGUAUCGAAGAAGACAGCGCCUAUUCGUCGAGAUGCAGCAAAUGGCCAGCAGGGCCUUUAGUCAAGUUUUGGUCGAGAUCGAGAGGCGGGACUCCAGUGAUUCAGAGAAUGAUCGAAAUGACUCCGAAUCCAACAACUCCCGGAAAAAGAAAAAGGAUGCACCAAGUCCAAUCGCCCUGGAACCGUGCUGUGGUAAUAGAGCAGCGGUUUUAUCCUUGCUAGUCAGAUUACCUACCGGUGGAGAGCCUUACACACCGGAAGGGCAAAGUGCCGGUUUGGCAGUUGCUUCUGCCUUAGUCACCCUUGGUAGUCCUCGAAGGCCAUCGCAAGAAUUGACCACGAAGGAGCCAAAAAAAUCAAGGAAAUCAGCCAGUCAACAUCCAGACUCCACCUGCAUUUAGCGGUAAAACUACACUCACCGGGAGAAUUAAUUAGGAGACCCAGUGUCUAACUUCUCUCUUUAUAAACUUACUCGCGUCGAUGGGAAGUCUCGAAUUUUUCCAAUCACGAUCGCGACGCCUAGUCUUUGCAUAUCACAUGGUACAUAGUUUCAAUUGUACCAUAUUUGUGUUCAUUUUUUAAGACUGCUUCAGUUUGUAAAAGACUUGUAACUAAAAUUCCUACCUUACCGACUUAAAGAUAAUUCUACAUCUCAAGUGGUUGAUGUCCGUGCUAAGUUUCUAGAAUAUUCUAGAAACUUAGCAAGGACAUGAACCACUUGAGAUGUAGAAUUAUCUUGAAGUCGCUAGGGUAGGAAUUUCUAGCCAGGAACGCCCUUUAUCUACUAAUUUCUUCCCUUUUUUUAUCCAAGCGACAAGAGCAAGGGCAACUUGAAUUUAAUACAAGCUUGAAACUUUCGAUGUUGUUUUUAAGACUUUAUUUUUAAUUUCUCUUCCAACUAGUUGCUCACUGAUCUCGAUUUAUUGAUUCCAUCGACGCGAGAAUUGUACAGAUUUGUAUAUACAUUUUAUUAUUUCGUUUGAAAUCGGACUAAUAAGUUUUAAUGAGGAACGUCCAGGCUGUGUUAAUAAUAAUUGAUAACAAAUGCAAGUAUUUAGGAAUUGCUCUCUUGAGUGAAGGAAGGAAUUUAGCGAUCAUUGGCGAAAAAAUUCUUUUACAUUCGUUUAUAAAUAUCCAAUAUUUACUUUAUUAUUAUUUUUAUUUUAUUUUUUUGUUUUGUUUCGAUGCUUCGGACGUUUAUCAUUCAUAUGAUAGAUAUGUAUGCAAUAGAUAGUUUAAAUCAAAAGGAAAAAAAU